CUCAAUGACAAAUUACCUGAACUUUGCACUGCCACUUCCCUUUGUAAAUUGUAGGAGCUUACAAAUUAUUUUUGAUACCUGUACUGUGUUGUCUGUGUUACUGGUUACUGUGUAGUUUAGGUGUGCACCGUAAAGUGUCACAGUUUAGUCUCCGGCUGUUAGAAUGUUCUCUUCAAAAUUACCCAACAGACUAUCCAAAGUUGGUGGCAGAUUUUCCCACCAAAGCAGCGAUUAUCAGUAUUUGCAACGAAGUCAAAUACCUUCCAUGCAUUUUCAAAAGUCGCUACCCCGACUACCGAUUCCCAAAUUAGAACAGACCUGCGAACGGUAUCUAAACUCGCAAGAACCGCUCCUCUCCAAUGAAUCAUUCCAGCGCACGAAAAAGUAUGUCGGUGAAUUUCGAGAGGGACCGGGUAAACAUCUACAAGAAUUGCUAAUGACGCACAAUGCAAAUAAUAAAAAUUCUAGUUAUAUCUCUCAGCCUUGGUUUGAUAUGUAUUUAAGAGACCGUAAGCCUCUGCCACUUAAUUAUAAUCCUGCGCUCGUUUAUGUGGAUGAUAACAGGCCCGAAUAUAACAAUCAGCUUUUAAAGGCUGUUAAUUUAAUAAUAAGUAGCUUACGGUUUUAUAAAUCGCUCAACGGGGAUUUACUCGAGCCAGAGGUCUAUCAUAUGGAUCCGAAAAAAUCGGACACAAAGUUAUUUCGUUCGGUUUGUUCUAAAGUACCAUCAGCACUCUCUUGGUACGCGUCCUACUUGUUAUUCAAUGCCUAUCCGUUGGACAUGUCUCAGUAUUAUAAUUUAUUUAACACUACAAGAUUUCCUCAAGUAGGUAGGGACAAAAUCGAAAUGAAUAAAAGUGGAAAGCAUAUUGUUGUGCAGUAUAGGGGUAAUUUUUACGUGGUUGAUGUGUUGGACAAUUCGAAUAAUAUUAAGCCGGCAAACGAAAUAUUGGGUAGUAUAAAGUCGAUUUUGGACAGCAGAGUGUCGCCGGCCGAGUUUCCUAUUGGUGUUUUAACAACUUUGGAUCGAAAUGAUUGGGCCAAACUUCGUCUGCAACUGGUCAGUUUGGGGAAUGAAAAGUCAUUGAGCUACAUAGAUGGUGCAUUAUUUAAUGUAUGCUUGGACGGUGCGUGUAACAAGGAUCCCAUUAACGUUUGUAGGCAAUUUUUACAUAGUGACGGCAAGAAUCGAUGGUUUGACAAAUCGCUCUCGUUAAUUGUCACGGAGAAUAGUUCGAGUGGAAUCAAUUUCGAGCAUUCGUGGGGCGAUGGUGUGGCCGUGCUUCGAUUUUUGCAAGACAUUUACAAGGAUUUUCAGGCAAAUCCUCAAGUACAUCCUGGGAUGGAGUCCAAUGCGGCAAGUGAAAGUCUGAAUAAACUUGAAUUUCAUUUGGAUGAUGCCCUUAAAAGCGCGAUAGCGCAAGCAAGCAAGGACUAUGAGAAAGUGUGCAAUUCUUUAGAUGUAAAUACGGUGCAAUUGGAGGGGCUGGGAAAGGAUAUCUGCAAGAAGUUUUCUUUGAGUCCUGACGCUAUAAUGCAGCUGGGCUUUCAAGUCGCAUACCAUAAGCUGCAUGGAAAAUUCGUGGGAUCAUACGAAUCAUGUAGCACAGCUGCCUUCAGAUAUGGCCGAACCGAAACCAUUCGCCCAUGCACAAUGGCUACUAAGAAUUUCGCUUUAGCAAUUAAUUCCAACAAGUCAUUAUCAAAUCAGGAAUUGCUCAAAUUGAUAGCGGAAUGCUCAAAAGUUCACGGACAGCUAACAAAAAAUGCCGCAAUGGGCCAGGGAUUUGACAGACACCUGUUCGCUCUGAAACUAUACGCAAAAGAGAAAAUUGAUCUUUACGAGGACGAUGCGUACAAAGCCCUAAAUUACAACAUUAUAUCUACUAGCACAUUAUCUUCACCCGUCAUAACCUUAGGAGCAUUUGGGCCAGUGGUUCCAGACGGUUUUGGAAUUGCUUACGAAAUUAAGAAGGAUGCGUUGGGUGUGUUGGUUACUACAUAUUUACAACAAGCAAAUGGGCCUGAUUUCGUAGCAGCUUUACAUAAGUCGUACGAGGAGAUUCUAUCUGUGUUUAAAAACAAUUGAUCUUUUAUAAAUUAUUGUGGCGGUUAUUGUAAUAGGGUUAUCAAAAUUGUUACUAUAAAUCUAAGCACAAGUAUCGACUGUCUUCCAUCUAAUAUAAUUUUAUGCAACAUAA